AUGGGAUGCUCUGCUUUUUUUAUGAGUCAAGCCUUAGAAGAAAGAGAUCAUGCACAUAAAUUUAUUGAUUAUUUAAAUUUAAGAGGAAAUGUUGUUACACUUCAAGGAGUCUUACCUCCUGAAAAACAAUGCUGGGAUUCACCUUUAGCUGCAUUUACUGAUGCUCUGCAAUUGGAAUCUGAAGUUAGUAAGCAAAUAUUUGAUCUUCAUAAAUUAACGGUAGAUUUAGAUGAUCAGUGUUCUUCAGAUUUUUUAGAAAAUGAAUUUUUAAAUAAUCAAGUUGAAGAAUAUGAUAAAAUGUCUAGGCAUAUCGCCAUGUUGAAAAGAAUUGGUCCAGAAGGUUUGGGAGUAUUUAUUUACGAUGAAUAUUUAUUAAAAAAAUGUGAAAAAAAGUAG